AGUUGUUUAUCACUUCACUUUAGUAAGGCCUGAGAUUCUUCCGAGCAGGGGCUCUGCAUCCCAAGAGGCAGUGUCAACUGGGAUAUUUCUGGUAAAUCUGAACGCAGAGCAGGGUGCCAGCCCCUGGGGGACUGUGGGUGGGGCUUGGGGAGUUUGGGUGCCAACCCCGAGUGACAGAUGGAUGGCCGGUUCAUGUGAGAGAAAGGAGGAGACACGUGGGCAGAUCAGUCUGGAACGUAAGAGUGCCUGCAAAGCAGUCACCAGGCAGAGAAGGCAGAGGAACUGAAGAGAAGAUCAGAAAAGCAAGAAGGGCACAGCCUGUGACACACUGGCCACUUGACCAGCUACUCACCGAAAUUAGAAGCAAAAUGUCCCUGAAGUUGCCAAGGAACUGGGAUUUCCACUUGAAAGGGGAGGCUACAAAAAUAGGGAUCCAUGUAUCUACCAGGCAGUACAGUCAAAGAAAUCGCCACAAACCCUGAAGAAGCUGGGAAAUUUGUCUUUGAAGUUACUCCAGCCUCAAGUGACCAGAACCGCACAGGACAAGACUCCUAUGUCCUCAUGGCCAGCUCCCAGGUAGAGAUGGAGGAGUGGGUUAAGUUCCUCAGGAGAGUUGCUGGCACGCCCUCUGGAGCGGUGUUUGGCCAGCGUCUGGACGAGACCGUGGCCUACGAGCAGAAGUUUGGCCCUCACCUGGUGCCCAUCCUGGUGGAGAAGUGCGCUGAGUUCAUCCUGGAGCAUGGUGUGAGUGAGGAGGGCAUCUUCCGCUUGCCGGGGCAGGACAACCUAGUGAAGCAGCUGAGAGAUGCUUUCGAUGCAGGGGAGCGGCCCUCCUUUAAUAGGGACACAGAUGUGCACACGGUGGCCUCUCUAUUAAAGCUCUACCUCCGAGACCUGCCAGAGCCUGCGGUUCCUUGGAGUCAGUAUGAAGGCUUCCUGCUCUGUGGGCAGCUCAUGAACGCAGAUGAGGCAAAGGCUCAGCAGGAGUUGGUGAAGCAGCUUUCUAGCCUUCCAAGAGACAACUACAACCUCCUGAGCUACAUCUGCAGAUUUCUGCAUGAAAUUCAGCUGAACUGUGCCGUCAACAAGAUGAGCGUGGACAACCUGGCCACUGUGAUUGGAGUGAACCUCAUCAGGUCGAAGGUUGAAGACCCUGCUGUGAUCAUGAGAGGGACUCCUCAGAUCCAAAGGGUGAUGACCAUGAUGAUCAGAGACCACGAAGUCCUCUUCCCCAAGUCUAAGGAUGCACCACUCUCACCCCCUGCCCAGAAAAACGAUGCCAAGAAGCCUCCAGUGCCCCGAAGCUCUGUGGGAUGGGAUGCCACUGAAGACCCGCCCCUUUCUAGGACAGACAGCUUCAGUAACACAGCAAGUAGUCCUGAUGCCACCAGCCCCACUGGACCACAGCCAGGUGACCAGAAUCAGGAAGACAGUGGAAAAGCCCCCAGGGAAAACCCAGGAGACUGGAAGAUACAAUCCCGUAAAAGGACUCAAACGCUCCCCAACCGGAAGUGUUUCCUGACGUCUGCAUUCCAAGGCUCCACUAGCAGCAAACUGGAAAUCUUUAAAAAUGAGUUCUGGUCUUCAUCUUCAGAGACUAAGGCAGGAGAAGGACACAGGAGAACUAUGUCUCAAGACUUGUGCCACCUUUCCAAUGACCAGAGGACUUCUACUUAUGAUAAUGUCCCCACCCCACCAGAGUCCCAAGGGAUCCCACCAGGUGCACUCUCUCCCCCUGCCAGUGACUCCAAGAGAGAUGCUCCCAUCAGCACAGACUCUGAAAUGGAGUCUGGAAGUAAGAACUCUGGCGAGGAUGACCUUGAUUCUUUGCAGAGGAUGGUCCAGCACCUACAAAAGGAAAUAGAAACCCAGAAGCAGAUGUAUGAGGAGCAGAUUAAAAACCUGGAGAAGGAAAAUUACGAUGUCUGGGCUAAGGUGGUAAGGCUCAAUGAAGAACUGGAGAGGGAGAGGAAGAAAUUCGCGGCCCUGGAAAUCAGCCUUCGAAAUGUGGAGCGCUCCCGGGAGGACGUUGAGAAGAGGAACAGAGUCUUGGAAGAAGAAGUCAAGGAGUUUGUGAAAUCAAUGGAAAAGCCCAAGACAAAGACCGAGGCUUGAGGGUCUGAGUUGUGUGGCAGGGACAGUCAACUCCACUUCUCCAUGCUCCUAAUGAUCAGGAAGCAGGGUUACCUCCUGGGAUGGACAGGGUAUCUGAGGGGAUGCGCCACAAUUCUCAGCGAAUACACAGAAGAUGAGAGUGAGCAGGAAAACGCCAGGACACUUGCGGCCGUGUGCAGUGCUCCAAGGAUUGCGUUAUUCUACUGUGGGAAGAGUGAAUUGGAAUCUUCUAGUGCAUGACCAGGUCCAAAAGGAGAUAUUUAAAGUGUGUGGCAUCUCAGGACCCCAGGCCAGAGCUAGGCCAAGGCCUCAGUUCUUUGUUUUCUAUGUGGCUGAGUUGCCUGGUCAGAUGGCUCUGGUCUGCUCUGAAACAUGGGCAGAAAAUGAUACUUAGCUUUCCAGUGCUAACCAACUGAGGGCUGCUUGGAGAGCCUGGACUGGUAGAACCAGAAUCAAACAAUAUUUAUGAAGGCAAAAUGGGUGAGAAAAUUAUAUUCAAAUAAAGAAAAUAGAAAA